AUUUGCGAUUAUGUUGGUCAUAUGAUAGCGGGUUCAAAUCGCACGAAUGUUAGCUACAAUUGGCAGGUUGAGCUCUUGCAAGUAGCCAUAGCUCAGUGGAUCUUGAGUAAUUAACCUUCGGGAUAGGCCUCUGGCUGGAAUACUAGAAAUAUAUACUUUGAUGUGUCUACUGCAGAUAUUGGGAUGGACAUUGAGAGUAAGCAGCGGAAGAACAAGAAGGACCUCAAGCAGAAAACCCUCAAGUCCAAUGACCCCUACCUCAACAUCCUCAUGUGGGCCACCAAGUUCGUGGUGCAAGAGCUAAGCAGUGUUCCCCCUCCCCUGAUGCUGAUGAAGAAAGACUUCCUUGCCAACACCAAAGUGAAAAUGCAAUCUCAUGGAUACAACAAAAACCUGCCAAAGACAUUCAAGUUUAAACACUACUCGCCAAUGGUCUUCAGAAGUCUGCGCGAAACAUUCGGAGUCUCAGACGACGAUUUUUUGAGAUCUGUUUGUGACGCUGCACCGACCAACUUGUCCCACAGACGGGGUGACCUGAAGUUCUACGUCACUCAUGACCACAAGUACAUCAUCAAGACCAUGACGAGUGAGGAUGUGGCACAAGUGCAUGAGAUACUCGAGAGAUACUACAGGUUUGUGGUGGAGCGGAAAGGCGAUACUCUACUGCCACAGUAUCUGGACCUGUUCCGCAUCACCAUAGACAAGCCCCCAGGGGUGUACAUGAUCAUAGUGAGGAACAUCUUUUCCGCCAGACUGCCAAUACACCACAAGUUCAACCUCAAAGGUUCCGAGAAGAAUCGCAAGAUGUCGGAAAAAGAUGCUGCCAAGGUCAAGAGUGGCUCUAUUGCCGACGCCACUGGAGCCGCAGCAUCUGUAUCCCCAGCAGCUGCUGCAGCUUCCGCAGGACUGGACCCCUUAGAUACUACUGACCCACUCCUCCACCCCUCGACAUCCUCUUCGUUCCGAGACAUGGAUUUUAUUCGGCAGAAGGAACAUCUGUUCAUAGGAGAGGAGUCCAAAACGAAGUUCAUGAAUAAACUUACCUCAGACAUUCAGUUCCUGAAGGACUGCAACUUGAUGGACUACAGUCUUCUGCUGGGCAUCCACAACUGCCAGUCAGCCAAGCAGGGGGAUCUGGGAAUAGACCAGCACGCUCUUACAGACGACACCUUUCUUCCGGAUGACAUGGCGUCAUCUCAGCCGCACGGAGGAUCCCCAACAAAUGAACAGUUCGAACUGGAGAGCUCGUUCAACCGAUCUGGCGGUUUGGAUCGGGAGCCACUGCAAGCCGGGGACCCUCCCGUAGCUCACACCCAGCAGCUUCUCUCUACUUCUCCAUCAGCUGGGAACCCGGAUCUGCUGCCGACUCUAUCGGGGGGCGAGGAGACGAAUGACGAGGUGGAGGGAGUGUGUAUAGAUGGGGAGAUGCUAGCAGGUGCUGUUAAGGAGUGCUCCAUCACAGGUAGCAUCCCCAGUUUGGGAGAACUGGACAUGAAGGAAGACGUCUAUGCCAUUCUGUCUAAUGGAAACAAAGAAAACAGGGAGAUCUACUACAUUGGACUGAUAGACUGUCUGACCCACUGGGGUACGAGGAGGAAGAUGGCAUCAACAGCCAAGACAGUAGCCAAGCCCACCAGACAGACCACAACAGCCAACCCAGACGACUACGGAGAACGACUAGUGCACUUUAUGGACACAGUCAUACACUAGCACAAGCCAUAGUUUGGUGCCAUAAAUUAAUAUUACUACACUUCACGGAAAGCACUUUACACGGUAUAAACAGCGAAAGCAAUGGGAAGUGCAUCAAAAUGGUGGCCAUACAUCUAACGAGGACAUAGUUUGUGCUCCUUACUCUAGGAAACGGUCAUAUACAAUUAUAACACAUCAUAUGCUCGAGAAAAGACAGCAGAUCAUACGUGUUACAGAUGUACAUAAUUAAUUAUUGCAGUUAAUUUUUGAUGAAACUAGAGAAGGAAGCAGACAACAGUCAAAUAAGAACUCAUCGUUGAAUGUCAUAAAUUGUACGAUGUCUGUCAAUAUCAAACUGAGCACGCUGACAAUAAUCAUACUGUAUAAAGUUUUGUCUUGUUUGGCAUCAUUCUAGUAAUUUAAUAUUUGUUAGAGAAAAAUCGAAUCCUGUUGAGGGGCGGAAUUUCAAAAAAUUUUUGGAAAAUUCGGUAAACCAAAUUGAUAUUCCCAACAUAAAUUGAUGUGGCAAUAUCGUAUUUCAAGGUGUUCAGAUAGUCGAACCCCGAGAUCCUCUUUGUAAAUCCACCCCUGAUACACUGUGCCAUAGUUGGCAAGUGAGAAUCUGUAUUUACAAUGUUAUCUUCCGAAACUUGCAGUUUUACACCUCUUGUAGCGCUCAAAACAUCAUCUAGAGUGACGCUUGAUUAUCUUUGAAUGUUUCAAAAAGCUGUUCAAAUUACCUUUUUAAGACUUUUCAUUCCUAAACAGAUUACAAUUUGACACAGAGAAGAUAAUUAGAAACCCUCUCUUGUAACUGAAAACUAUAAAUCUUGAUAACAUUUAUCUAAAUUGGAAAAAAAUGUUAUGAGCA